GAGCUGGGCAAGGACAGCACGGGUCCUGAGCUUGUUCUGAUCGGGUGAUGCACAUAUGCAAGCUAUCCUCUGCAUGAUUAAUGUCUUGACCAUGUUUGUCCUCCAGGCAUCACACCAGCUUCAAUGAAUCACCAGCAACCAGUCACCUCACGAUCGAUCAGCAUGCAUUUGCAACGGCGGACCACAACAAGAGUUGGUUGCGCACGGCCAGCGCACAGGACGAGAGCGACGAGACGGGAGAGCUUCACGAGGUCCUGGGCGUCCACCAUCGUCCACCACCAGAUGUUUCUUUCCCCUUGUGCUCUCCUAUCAUGACGGGAGGGCUGAUUCCAAAGUUGGACCUCAAGUCAGCCAGACCGCAGAAGGAGGAAGAAGGAAGGAGCUAUUCCAACUCAUCGUAUCAAGUGACCAAGACCGUGAUCUCUCAGCAAACCUCAACCCUCACCUUCGGAUCCCCUCGCAACGGCAAGAGCCAACGAGCUACUAGUGUGAGGAACAUCAGGCAUCCGGCAGCUCAAUUCCAGACGAUCUACGAGCUGGCGUUGUGAACUCACCGCUCAUGGAGAAAGCGGAACACAGUUGUUCGAGUCGAAUUGAAAGUCUGCGGGAAAACUUCAAGACAAGAAGUGUUCCUGACUAACACUUACAUGCAAAACCAGUUCCACAAUGUUGUACUCUAUUGUGAAUAUUCAAGAUAGCCAUAGGAGCAGGAUGACUUUGCCGUACCUGUUCGCAUGUUGGCGGGAUCUAUCAUCACCAGCCCGUUGCAUCCCUAACGUCUGGUUAGGAGGAGGUGCGUGACGAAAUAAAUCAGAUGCGAGAAG